AUGUUGGAAAACCUGCAUGAGCAGCUUUGGCUUGAGUCGUUUGAACUCCGUGAUAAUAGUGACUCACGCUACAAAAACAGAUACAUCGAGGGACUCCCAGUGCUCUAUAGCUCAAAUAAAUUCCGACUCUCCAAGCAAAGAGACUUAUGCAGCACGCUUCCCGCUCAAAUUCCCAUUCUGGGCCUUUCUUCCAUCCGCCGUCUAACGUUCUGGUGGCCCCUUGAACCCUCUAUCCAACCACAUGUUUCUAGAAAGAACGGCAAAGACUACGAUACAGUCUGGGGUGUUUUAAGCCAGAAAUACACUUCGUUAACACAUAUUUGCAUAUUCAUUGAUUGUGUGAGUUUGGCGAAGUUCCAACUGCCAGAGUUAUUUGGGGAGGGAGAGGAGGCCAAAGAGAAGUAUAUUCAGGAUAAAUGGCUGGAUGGUAUGGAGAAGAUGAUUGAGGGAAAGAAGUCUCUGGAGGUUUUUGAGCUGCAUCUUGAUAGUGCUGUGUAUCGGGUGUUGAGAUCGAGGGUUAAGUAUUGGUUGAAGGAGAUGACACAUCAGCGGAGGGUUAAGAAUAAGAACAAAGAUAUUCGUUAUGAGACGUUUAAGUGUGGAGAUAGCACUAUUACAUGGCAGGGAUGUCCGGAUGGGAAAUAUGAUCGGCCGUAUAGGGGGGGUGGGAGCUCAGAUAUCUCGAUUUGA